AGCGCCAGCGGGUUAGGGCCUGAGCCCGGCGGUCCGAGGGGCUGAGGCGGGCGCUGGGCGGCUGCUAUGGACGCGCAGGGGCUGAAGACGUUGAUCAAUUACUAUUGCCAAGAGAAGUAUUUCCAUCAUGUGUUACUUGCUGCCAGCGAAGGAAUGAAGAGGUAUGGCAAUGACCCAGUCUUCAGGUUUUAUCAUGCUUAUGGUACCCUGAUGGAAGGUAAAACUCAAGAAGCUCUUCGAGAAUUUGAGGCUACUAAAAGUAAACAAGAUGUAUCACUUUGUUCUCUAAUUGCACUGAUAUACACCCACAAAUUGAGUCUUAAUCCAGAUAGAGAAGCUAUUCUGGAAUUAGAUGCCAGAGUGAAGGAGCAACGUAAAGAAGCUGGACAGAAAACAUUAUACCAUGCAGGCUUGUUUUUAUGGCAUAUUGGUCGCCAUGAUAAAGCGAGAGAAUAUAUUGACAGAAUGAUGAAAAUACCAAAUGAUAGUAAUGAGGGGCAGGUUUUAAAAGCAUGGCUUGAUAUUACAAGAGGGAAAGAACCUUAUGUUAAAAAAGCGCUUAGGUGUUUUGAAGAGAGAUUACAAGAAGGAAAUGAUUUAUUUGCGCUACUGGGUAAGGUACAGUGCCUUGAGAUGCGCCAAAAUUAUUCAGGUGCUCUGGAGACUGUGAACCAGAUCAUUGUGAACUUUCCAAGUUUCCUUCCUGCUUUUGUAAAGAAAAUGAAAUUACAAUUAGCCUUGCAGGAUUGGGACCAAACAGUUGAGACAGCACAAAGGCUUCUGCUUCAAGAUAAUCAGAAUGUAGAAGCACUAAGAAUGCUGGCUCUUUACUAUUUGUGUAGGGAAGGGGACAUAGAGAAGGCUACCACCAAGCUGGAAAACUUAGGAAAUGCAUUGUAUACCAUGGAACCACAGAAUGCGCAACUUUUUUAUAAGAUUACAGUAGCCUUCAGCAGAACUUGUGGACGGAAUCAACUCAUUCUUCAAAAAAUUCAAACAUUACUGGAAAGAGCUUUCAGUUUAACCCCUCAGCAACCAGACAUUGCUACAGAACUGGGGUGCCAGAUGAUUUUCCAAGGCCGAGUUAAAGAGGCCUGGAAGUGGUACAAAACUGCCAUGGCUCUUCAUGAGACGAGUGUCUCUGCAGUCACUGGACUUAUCCGCUGUCAAUUAAUAGAAGGGCUGUUUAAGGAUGCAGAUCAGCAGCUAGAAUUCUUUAAUGAAAUUCAGCAGUCAAUGGGGAAAUCUCCGGAAUUAAUCUAUUUGCAUGCAAUUCUUGCUAUGAAGAAAAACAAACGACAAGAAGAAGUUAUAAAUUUGUUAAAUGAUGUCUUGGAUACUCAUUUCUCACAUUUAGAAGAUUUACCUCUUGGUGUAGAGUAUUUUGAGAAGCUAAAUCCUGAUUUCUUGCUAGAAGUUAUUACAGAGUAUCUGAAUUUCUGUCCAGUGCAGCCUGCAAGUCUUGGGCAACCUCUUUCUCCACUUCUCAGACGUUGUACCUCAGUCUUGGAGACUAUAGUAAGAACUGUGCCAGGUCUUCUGCAAGCUGUGUUCUUAAUAGCAAAAGUGAAAUAUUUGUCAGGUGAUAUUGACGCAGCAUAUAACAACCUGCAGCGUUGCCUAGAGCACAGUCCCUCUUAUGCAGAUGCUCAUCUCCUGAUGGCUCAGGUUUAUUUGUCUCAAGAAAAAUUCAAAUUGUGUUCUCAGUCUCUGGAACUUUGUCUGAGCUAUAAUUUUAACGUGAGAGAAUAUCCUUUAUAUCAUUUGAUAAAAGCUCAGUCGCAGAAGAAAAUGGGAGAAAUAGCAGAAGCGAUUAAAACUCUGCAUAUGGCAAUGAAUUUACCAGGAAUGAGGAGAAUUGGAGUGUCCUCCAAAUCAAAAUAUAGAAAAACUGAAGUUGAUACAAGCCAUCGUUUAUCAGUCUUUCUUGAGUUGGUGGAAGUUCACCGCUUAAAUGGAGAACAACAUGAGGCAGCAAAAGUUUUGCAAGAUGCUAUCCAUGAAUUUUCUGGAACAUCUGAAGAAUUGCGUGUUACUAUUGCUAAUGCAGACCUAGCUCUGGCCCAAGGAGAUACUGAACGGGCUUUAAGCAUGCUUCGAAAUGUUACAGCUGAACAGCCUUAUUUUACAGAGGCUAAAGAAAAAAUGGCAGAUAUUUAUCUAAAGCAUAGAAAAGAAAAAAUGUUAUAUAUCACUUGUUACAGAGAAAUUGCUGAAAGAAUGCCCAACCCUCGGUCUUUUCUUCUUCUUGGUGAUGCAUAUAUGAAUAUUCAAGAGCCUGAAGAAGCCAUUGUUGCAUAUGAGCAAGCAUUAAAUCAGAACCCAAAAGAUGGGACUUUAGCAAGCAAAAUUGGGAAGGCGCUUGUCAAAACUCACAACUAUUCAAAGGCAAUCACUUACUAUGAAGCUGCUCUGAAAACUGGACAACAAAAUUACCUUUGCUAUGACCUGGCUGAGCUCUUAUUAAAAUUGAAAUGGUAUGACAAAGCUGAGAAAGUUCUUCAGCACUCUCUAGCUCAUGAACCUGGAAAUGAAUUGUCAGCCCUUAUGGAGGAUGGGACGUUCUCAAAGUUCUUUUUAGCAAAAGUUUACAGUAAA